GGCGGGUCCGCGUGUGGGCCUUGUGCUCUCGGCUGCUGGUGAGGAGGAGCCGGCGCGGGGGGCGGGCGUUGCAAAGCUCAUCCAAGGCCCGGCGGGCCCGGUUCCCUUCGCCGCUGUGCUUGCCCUGCGGUCUAUCCAACAACAUCAUGACAGAGGGCUGGGUGGAUUGCCCCUCACUAGGGCCUGGCUGGCAGCGCCGUGAAGUCUUGCGCAAAAAUGGAACAAGACCUGGACAGUCAGAUACCUAUUACACAAGCCCCAGAGGAGAGAAAAUCCGCAGUAGAGUGGAGCUCCUGAGGUUACUGGGAGGAUCACGGGAUUUGACCGACUUUGAUUUCAAGAAAGGGAUUUUUGUAGACCCAAGUGCUGAGCCCCAGCUCCUACAACCCCUCCCACCCACUGGAGGAGGCCACCAGCGGGUCAAAAAGGGUAGUAAAAGGCAUCUUCCACCUCUGGCAGCAGCCACUCCUCCACUCAAGAAGCCUCCUGAUUUGCAAGUGUUUGAAGAGCCUCCAGACAAGGAGCUUCCAGACCAGAAACCCCCCAAACUGGAACUGGAGUUGCCAGUAGAUGCACCUGCCGCUAUUCUGGCUGAGCAGCAAGAACUUCUAGUUGCUGUAGACCAGCCAGCCAUGAAGCCCCACAAGCGCCGAUGUCGGAAGCAUCUUUCAGCCCUCCUUCCUCCAGGAAAAAUGGGCAAUGUGACAGUGGAAGAGGCCAACCCAGAGGAACCUGUAGUAUGCUGUGCCAGCUGUCAAGGCCAGUUCCCAGGAGUGAUGCUCCCCUCCCAGAGACGCUGUCGGUGGCUCUGCCCAGAUUGCAGAGCUCAGAGAAGAGAUUUCAAUCGGGAGCAGAGAUAUUACAAGCAAAUUGGUUGUGGUGUGUGCCAAGCCUGCCAGAUGUCUCAGGACUGCGGCAUCUGCAGUGUGUGUGUCCUGCGAGCCAAGAGCCCCGAGCUCCGCAUUGGCAUCAAAUGUCUGCUGCGCCGAUGCUUGAAGAUUGUCAAAAAGGGCCUUGAAUGUGGUAUGUGUCAGGCUUGCAAGAUAACUGAAGACUGUGGUAGCUGCCACAUCUGCUUGCGGAGGCAGAAACCAGGCAUGAAGCGGCAGUGGAAAUGCCUCAAGCGCCGCUGCCUUAAACGCAAGAAAAAAAUUCCACCCAAGAAAGAUGGCUACAGCACGAAGAAGCUUACAGUAGAAGUCCUCUCCACAGAGGAGACCUUUACGCCAGCACGGCGCCAGCAGAAGAAGUCAGCACCCGUGACAGAUGGGCCAGCUCCUAAGGUCCAGCGGGCCCCAAGGGGAUGCCACAAGAGGCUGUCAGCUGCACCACCAGCAUCCUCAGAUGGGCCCCUUCCCAAGGCCCAGCUUGCUGCAUGCUGCCAUCGUCGAAAGCGCUCUGCUACCACAAAAUGGAAACCCACCUUAGAACGGGAUCCUGGAGGCAUCCCUAUAGUAAGACAAAGGAAGAAGCAGUUAGGAGCAGUGAAAGAAAGGAAGAAACCUGGCCGUCCCCCCAAGCAUCCCACUGCCCAGCUCAAGAACAAUGUGCAGACCUCUGCCAGCCGGCGAAACCGUAAGUGUGGCAAGUGUGAAGCCUGCCUGCUGAAAAUGGAUUGUGGCCGCUGUGAUUUUUGCUGUGACAAACCCAAGUUUGGAGGGAGGAACCUCAAGCGCCAGAAGUGCCGCUGGAGACAGUGUCUGCAUUUUGCUAUGAAGCGGCUGCUUCCUGAGGAGUGGAGCAGCCUGGAAGGGGCAGCGGGCUGGAAGGUCAGGAGGAGGAGGAACGCCUUCAGCAACCGCAAGCCCACCAGGAUCAAGCAGGUGGGGCGGCGGGGAGCCAAGGGGAGUGGCCAGAAGCGACGGGCAAAAGCCAGCUUCCAGCCAGAGGAGUCUCCUUCAAGCAGGGAACGGAUGCAUUUGCCCAGGUUGCAGGGCCCAGAGGAGCCUGAACAGCAGCUAGCAGUGAAGUGGAAGAAUGAGCCAGAGAUGAGUGGCUCAGUUUUGGCCCAGGACUUGGCUAAGGACCGCCCCAUCCUGCCACAUGUCAACGAGGAGUCAGAAGUACCUCGACACCCCACCCCACCCUCCCAAGUCCUGGUGAAGCAAUCUGACACCAGACUACCUGCUGUCAACCUCAUUGCCACCUCUCCCGUCGACAAACGGGAGCAUGCAGAACCGGAGGGGGACCAUCGGCCAUCAAAUGACUCUUGGGUCUCAGCAGGACUUCCCCAGUGUAAGAGGGGCCGGGGAAUGCAGGGCAAGGAGCUAGUGGUUCUGGAUGAUGAAGAUGACGAAGAAGUGGAGCACCUGCAGCAAUUGCGCCCCCCAGUGAUAAUGGAGAUUUAUAGCUUGGGUGGUGCGCAGCCCCUUGCCCAGUUGGACAGUGUCCUGCAUGAGUUCUUGGCUGAGCUGAAUGAGAUCCCUCUCCCUGCUCACUGGGAGGUGCUGUCUCCGCUUUGCGGCCCUGACCUGCGUCUCGUCCAGCGCUCGGAACACUCCACCAUGUCCUCGGCUGUCAUCUACAUCCGCCCAGGCCUCUUCUUCCAUGUGGUGGUGCGAAACCUGCCUGUGCCCCCUGAGCACGAACUCUAUGCCAGCCACCCUGCCCGCCUCACCACGGUGGACGAGGUGGUGGAACUCAUCUGCGACCUGGAGGCCUAUCGGCUCUGCUCUGGUUGGCCUGCGGGCUGGCACGCCGGUGAACGUUCUGAGGCCUGUGACGUUCUUGUCUAUUCCGGUUGCUGCCCGCAGUGCCGGCUCAACCCUUGGCCAUCAGGGAGAGGUGCUCGCUGAGAACUGAGUUGGGAGGGGGAAUGUGGGGCAGUGAAUGGGAAGAGGUUUUAUUUUGACACUGGAAAUGGCUUGGAAUAUCUAAAGCGAUAAUUCCUUGCCAUAAAUAGCUUUAUAUUUUUUCUCUCUUGUUCAGUAGCUUGGUGCAGAAAUUCCCAUUCCUCUUGCUGUCUUCUGCCUCUCUCUACUGGUGAGCUGCUUCUGUGUUUCUGGCACAGAGAGACAUUCCUCUCAGAGACUCGAUUCCUGUCUUUAGUCGCUUGCUUGUCUCUUGCCAGAGAGUUGCAGUGGGAGCUCAGGGUCCAUUGUGCUUGUACUGCCCCCAGUUUGCUGUGCUUGUAAAGCCUCCCAGGUUGCUAUGAAAUGGGGAUGUGGAGGCAGCUUAUGCAUCAGUGUGGACCUUUCUGUCUAUUGCUCCCACUUGCCUGCCCCCUGCCCUGUUCAAUUUAGCAUUGUCCUGGCGACUCCUAGACCUGCUGUAUGGUCAUCACCAGACACAGGAAGGGUGGGAUUUAAGCAAAGCAUCUCUUUUGCUAUCUCCCCCUCUCUC